GCCGACCCCAAAGCACGCUAUCGUGCCCUCCGACGCGCGGAACCCAAUUCUUCAAGCUACCGGGGUGCUCUUUGCCAUAGCAUCUCUCCAACUCUACAGGAACACAGCGCGCCGCAGCAGCUCAUUCCGGCUGGGGCGCCCGAGCGCCCGGAUGCGGACGUCUCAGGCUCUGCGCCCGCAGCGCUUCCAGCCUCCAGCUUCAGGCCGCUGCAGCUUCACCAUCUCAGCUGCUCUGUCGCAUUGUCGCUUCGCGACCGCCGGAUUCCCACAGGCCCGACGUCCGCGCUCAGACCUCUGCGAACCCCCUGUCGCUGUGCGAAGCCCGGAACUUGCGAUUUCGGGCAACCCGAGUGAGCCGCUACUGAACUCCCAGCACGCCUCGAGGCCGGCGUAUUGUCUGCACCACUCCUCCGCGGUGUUCUGUACUGCGCCGAGGUGUACCGCAGGCGCCAGGAUGUGCCGGUGAGAGUCGCAGAGUAAUCCCCGUCGUGUUCCCGCGGGCCGCAGUGCGAUAUCGUACGCUGCUUGACUACACCGGGACGCCACCGCCCGCGCGAGUAUCAGCAGGCCUUCUUACCAAGGACGGCUAGGCUGCGCGGCGCGCUGGAGCAUAACGUACACAAGACGUUCGGCGACCUACGUGUCAGCCGUGAGUGUCAGCGCGGGAGGUGCCCCGCGCGGGGUACGUCUCGUUGUGGCGUUAGAGGGCGUGCCUCGAUCUUGCGUGGGGUGUGGGGGAUCUCAGUCUGGAGCAGGUGAGCGUUGUGCGCGCCGCCGCACGUCGUGGCGCCCUCCGCGGUGACGGGAAUACUUCCGGACGUGUGGACCCCGGAUGGAGGUAGACGGGCGUACGUGCUAUGCCCUCGAGGAAUGACUGAGUGUGCGGAACGCGCUCGGAAGUGUUCGGGCUGGCUGGGCUGCCAAUGGCGCUGAUGCGUUCUGUCUGCGUGAGUUUAGUCGUGCGUGCGGACGCGCGUGCGGCCCGCAGCGGGACUGAGCUUGCUCGAGAAAGAAAGCUCUUGCCUGCGAUGCUGUACCGCUCAGUGGCCGCAUUAUCGCCCGGAAUUCCCCUCGCGAGCGCGACUCCAAAGAAUCACGUUCACACUUCUCAUGUUUAUAAGCAUCCGGUACCCUAAAGGAGCCACCUACCUCUCAAGAUAGCUUCUCAAUUGGGCGGCGCGGCCAUGGUCAGCCUGUGUACUACAUGGCACUGCUCGGUUU